AUGAUGACAUCUCGAAACGAUGAGAUUGACCAGUUGCGGGCGAAAACAGACUUCCUCAACCCGUCGAUCUCGGCGGAUUGGGCGAAGAAGAAGUUGAUGUGGGUGCCCAACGAGAAGGACGGAUUCUCACUCGGAGCCGUCAUUGGAAACGAGCAUUCGGACGGCUCAGUCGACAUUGAACUUCUGGAAACCGGCGAACGUCAACGUGUUUCUAUGGAUGACUGCCAGAAACCGAACCCACCCAAGUACGACAAGUGCGAGGAUAUGGCCAUGCUGACGUGUCUCAACGAGGCUUCCGUCCUUCACAAUCUCAAGCAGCGCUACUUCUCGAAUCUCUACUACGUAAGUUUGAAAUCCUGGUCACUCCCCUCAACUUAUAGCUUUAAUCUAAUCACCUCGUCAGGCCGGUUGUCAUUUUUUGCUCUUGCUGGCAACAGAUGCUCAUACUAAGCCUAAGCUUAGCGAGAUUUCCCAGAAAUCGAACUAAAUCUUUUGCUCGGUAAACCGUCCCGGAAUGUGGGACGAACUGCGUUGCGGCAUUUCGAAUGAGCGGAAAGCCUGUGCAUCCCUCUGAAAUUUGCUUUUGCACCGUCUUUCGCGUAUGUUUCCACAUUCCGUCACCGUUCAAAAGGCGAGGAAUACCAAAAAGCGGAACGUGACGUCAUCUGUCGUUCAGCCCUGUUUUUCAACUCAAGAUGGCUAUUCGACAGUGUUUCGCCUCUGCAACACUUUCUGUCAUACUUCCACCUCUUCUUUCCUCUCUCUUUUCAAACUAUAACUGUCAUCUGCAUUUCUUUCAGACGUACUCUGGUCUCUUCUGUGUCGUGAUAAACCCAUACAAACGCAUUCCAAUCUACACGGACACGAUCGCCGAGCAGUUUAAAUGCAAGAAGAGGAAGGAGAUGCCGCCACACAUAUUCGCCGUCGCCGACGAAGCCUACCGCAGCAUGCUCCAGGAGAGGGACGAUCAAUCAAUUCUCUGCACGUAAGUCCCCAUACCCCAUUGUUUCCAUUUUCGAAAUUUGUUGUCUUCAGGGGAGAAUCUGGCGCCGGAAAGACCGAAAACACUAAGAAAGUUAUUCAAUACCUGGCCUACGUGGCGAAUCGGUCAUUGUCGAAAUAUCGAAAAGCGUCGGUUGAUUUGGACACGUCGACGAAUCGAGUGAUGGGACAGCUCGAAGAACAGCUAUUGCAAGCCAACCCCAUUCUGGAAGCAUUCGGAAACAGCAAGACGGUGAAAAAUGACAAUUCGAGUCGAUUCGGAAAGUUCAUCCGCGUUCAUUUCGAUGCCACUGGAUGCAUUUCUGGUGCCAACAUCGAGUUCUACUUGCUGGAGAAGUCGCGAGUGCUGAAGCAAGCCGUCAACGAACGCUCCUUCCACAUUUUCUAUCAGUUGCUGAAAGGACUCUCCAAGUCACAGAGAGGUGAGCGCGAAAAUGAUAUUGGCGAAUGUCGUGAACGAUCUCGUUUCAGAACAGUAUCUCAUCGAAGACAGCCUUUCCAAGUACAACUUCAUCACAAACGGAGACGCCAAGCUGGCCGGAGUGGAUGAUGCGGCAGAGAUGAAGGAGACACUGCAGGCGAUGUCGAUCAUGGGACUGAACGACGAGGAAAUUGGCGGAAUUCUCCGCACCGUGUCGGCUGUCAUGCUGUUCGGAAAUCUGGAAUUUUCACAGGAGAACAAGAACAACGAUCAGGCAGUUCUGGUCAACGAUGCCGUCGCCCAGAAAAUCGCUUCUCUUCUUGGGGUCAACAUGACUGAGCUGAUGCGUGCUUUCCUCAAGCCAAAGAUCAAGGUUCAACGAGAUCUGGUUCAUCGCGCUCAGACCGUGGAGCAAACCAAGUCCUCGGUUGGCGCCAUCGCCAAGGCUUCGUACGAGCGCCUCUUCAAAUGGCUUGUUCACCGCCUCAACAAGUCCCUCGACCGUACUCGUCAACAAUCUGUCAGCUUCAUCGGAAUUCUCGAUAUUGCCGGAUUCGAAAUCUUCGAUACUAACGCGUUUGAGCAGCUGUGCAUCAACUACACCAACGAGAAGCUGCAGCAGUUGUUCAACAACACCAUGUUUGUUCGUGAGCAGCAAGAGUACCUGGACGAGGGUCUCGAAUGGAAGGUUCUCGAUUUCGGACUCAACCUUCAGCCGACGAUUGAUUUGAUCGACAAACCAAUGGGAAUAAUGUCGUUCCUCGACGACGUCUGUCUCUUCCCGCAAGGAAGCGAUCAGUCCUUUGUACAGCGUCUCAAUGACCAACACUCUCAACAUCCGAAGUAUGUCGUGCCAGAGAUCCGUUCUCGAAGCGACUUUGCUGUUGUUCACUACGCUGGACGUGUCGACUAUCAGGCCGAGGGAUGGCGUUUAAAGAACAUGGAUCCGUUGAACGAUAACGUUAUUGACAUUCUGAAGAUCGCAAAGGAGCCUCUCAUCGUCGACAUGUGGAAGGAUGUGGCCGACGUGUGCAGUCUUUCCGCCGCAGACCCCUCCUCUGAUACUGGUGUUUUCGGAUCGCGAAUGCCAAAGAAGGGAAUGUUCCGCACCGUUUCUCAGCUCUACAAGGAACAACUUGCUCGUCUCAUGAGCACUCUCAACAACACGAACCCGCAUUUCGUCCGUUGCAUCAUCCCGAAUCACGAGAAGAAGCACGGCGUCCUUAAUGCUCACCUCGUUCUUGACCAAUUGCGAUGCAACGGUGUACUCGAAGGAAUCCGCAUAUGUCGUCAAGGAUUCCCUACUCGUCUACCAUUCCAAGAAUUCCGUCAGCGAUACGAAAAACUGCUUGCUCCAGAAGUCAAUCCUGCUGGAUUCAUGGAUGGCAAAGAAGCGGUACGCCGUAUUGUGGAGUAUCUCGAAGUAGAUAAAAACCUCUACCGCAUUGGACAAUCAAAGAUUUUCUUCCGUGCCGGAGUCGUCGCUGAAUUCGAAGAGAUGCGCGAUCAGAAGCUCUCUUCCCUCAUCGAGGCGUUCCAAGCUCACUGCCGUGGAUGGCUCGGGCGCCGUGUGAUGGUUCGUAGGCGUCAGCAGGAUGCUGCCAUCAAGAUUCUUCAAAGAAACGGACUGGCGUGGAUGCGCCUGAGAGAGUGGCAAUGGUGGAGACUUCUGACGAAGGUGAAGCCGCUGCUCGAGGUGACGAACAAGGACGAACUGAUUGCCGAGAAGGAGCUGGAAUUGAAGACGACUUCAGAGAGACUGCGCCGAUCGGAAGUCUUCAUCGCUGACUACAAGCAACAGAUGGAGAAGAUGGAUGAGGAACGCCUGGUUUUAAAAACAAGACUGGAUGCGGAAUCGUCGGAACGCGCUGAGAUCUUCGAAGAGAGAUCGAGAAUUGUCGCCAGAAAAAUUGAGUUGGAGACUAUCUUGGAAGACGUUUCAAAAAGACUGGAGGGUGAAGAGCAAAAGGCGAAAACGGCCGAAACAGAAAAUAGAAAGUUGACGGAGAUGGUCAGACAUCUGGAAGAGAAUCUGGAAGACGAGGAGAGAAGUCGUCAGAAGCUCCUGCUCGAGAAGAACUCCAUCGAAUCUCGGCUUAAAGACCUCGAGACGCAAGGCGCGGAGCUGGAAGACUCUGGAGUCAAGCUGGCGAAGGAGAAGAAGGCUCUCGAAGAUCGUUGCGAAGAUCUAUCGUGCCGUUUGAUCGACGAAACCGAACGUGCUAAACAGUUGGUAAAGACAAAGGCGCGUCUCGAUGCGACCGUUGACGAGAUGAAGGAUGAACUGGAAAAGUGAGAAUAAAGAUUAACUGUUUUGUAAUACUUUGUUUAUUUUCAGGGAGAAACAGUUGCGCCAGCAAGCGGAGACUGCUCGUCGUGCAGCUGAAACUCAGUUGCGUGAAGAACAGGAGGCAUGUCUCGAGAAGACUCGCAAGGCCGAAGAGCUUUCGAAUCAGCUGAUGCGCAAGGAAAGCGAACUGUCCCAGAUCAACAUCAGAAACGACGAAGAGCUGGCGACUCGUCAACAGCUUGAACGGGAGAUUCGCGAGAUUCGUGCACAGCUCGACGACGCCGUAGAAGAGGCGAACAAAGAGAAAGCUGCUCGUCAGAAAGCCGAGAAAGGCCGUAGAGAUAUGGCUGAAGAGCUGGAGUCUUACAAGCAAGAGCUCGAAGAGUCGAAUGACAAGUCUGUUCUUCACUCGCAGCUGAGAGCGAAGCGGGACGAAGAGUAUGCCCACUUGCAGGUAGGACGUGAGAUGGAGAUGAGAGAAUGUAAAGAGGAUACUUUCAGAAACAAUUGGAGGAUACGGUCAAGUCUUCUGAGGAAACGAUCGAGGAGAUAAAGGUGCAGGGUCAAAAGCGAAUCGAGGAACUGAAUGAGACGAUUGAUCAGUUGAGACGUCAGAAAGCUUCGGUAUUUGCUUUUUGUCUUAUUACCUAUUUGCCCACCGUGGAAGAGGAGGAGGGGAAAACCCCAUCUUUCGGAGGGCGUCAUGCUCGAAUUACCACUAAAUUGGCUUCUCGUCGCUUGUUUGGAUGCCUGUCCGGUUGCCGUUGCCGGCAGCCGCGUGCUGAUUUGCACUGUUUUGUGGUUGUGUCGCGGUGCCGACCGUUAAUUCCUUUUGUUUGAUUGCAAUCCGCACUCUUCCUCCUCCUCGAGUUGAGCGACAAUUGGGUCAUUUAUUGAUCAACCACAGUUUUUGAUUAGUGAGAUCGUUUUGCAGGCUGACAAGUCCAAGUCUUCCAUCGAGGCUGACAACGAGAACAUCCGGGCCGAGUUGUCAAGCAUCGCAACGGCUCGUACGGAAGCGGAGAAAAAGCGGAAGGCGGCCGAGGCAACGUUGAUGGAGAGGGAGCACAGGAUGCGCGAGAUGCAGACCAAUCUCGAGGAUCUCAUGGCCAAGUUGUCCAAGGUAAACGUUCUGAUAAUGUGACUAAAGAGAAUACAGAUGAACAUUUAGAUGAACAAUGAGUUGGAAAACAUCCAAAAGGCCAAGAGCGCAGAGGAAGUUCUGAACUCGAAUCUGCUCAAAAAGAAUGCCUCUCUUGAUAUGCAAUUGACUGAAUUGACCGAGGCUUCCGAGGAAGACCGUCGCAAUCGUGCUAAUCUGAACAAUAAAGUUCGCCAGCUUGAGGAGGAACUGGCCGUGGCCAUCGAAGCGAAGGAGGACGCCGUUUCUGCCCAGGAAAAAUCUGAAAAGGAGGCUAAGGAGCUGAAGGUGCAACUGGCGGACGCUAGGAAAAAGUUGGACGAGGAGAACCGAGAGGUGAUGGAGGAGAUGAGAAAGAAAAAAGAGAAGGAGCUCGUUGCUGAGAAAGAGCGAGCUGACGCGGCCGAGCAGGCGAGAGAAAAGGCCGAAAGGGCAAAGAAAAAGGCUAUCCAGGAGGCUGAAGAUGCGCUGAAGGAGCUGACGGACGUGAUGGCGGCGACGAGAGAGAUGGAGAGGAAGCAGCGGAAGUUUGACCAACAGCUUGCCGACGAGAAGAACAACACUUUGCUGGCCCUGCAGGAAAGAGAUACCGCUCAACAAAUGUUGCGUGACGCAGAGACGAAGGCGUUGGUGCUGUCGAACGAGCUGGCUGAAAAGAAGGAGCAAGUUGAGCAGUUGGAGAAAGAAAAGAGGACUCUCAAGUUGGAGAUUGACAAUCUGGUGGGAAAUGAACAUAUGAAAUAUUUUGUUGAUCAGUAACUUCCAGGCUUCCACCAAAGACGACGCUGGAAAGAAUGUUUACGAGUUAGAGAAGACGAAACGCCGUCUCGACGAGGAACUAGCUCGUUCUGAGCAGCAAAUCAUCGAGCUGGAAGACGCUAUCCAACUUUCCGACGAUGCCAGAAUGAGAAUGGAAGUGAACAUGACAUCAAUGCGUUCCGAAUUCGACAGAGCGUUGGCCAACAGAGAGGAAGAGGAGGAGGAGCGCAAGAGAAGUCUUAAUGCCAAGAUCCGCAAUCUAACCGAGGAGCUGGAGAAUGAACAACGUUCUCGUCAUGCUUCGUUGGCUGCCAAGAAGAAGCUUGAUGUGCAAAUUAGCGAGUUGACCGAGAAAAGCGAAGCGGCUCUUCGUCAGAUUGACGAUCUCAACAGGCAACUUCGCAAAGCUCAAUUAGGCAACAAGGACAUGCAGAUGGAUGCUUCGGAGGCUCGUGUUGCGAUGGAAGAAGCAAUAGCAGCGCAGCGGGAUGCCGAGAAGAGAGCCAGGAGCUCUGAGGACGAGAUCAAAAGACUCUCAGCCGACCUGCAAGCCUCAAACUCCUCCAAGCGCAGAGCUGAAGCUGAGCGAGAUGAGCUUAUUGAGGAAGUUGCCACUCUGCGAGCCUCCUCAUUCAGCAGCGAUCAGAGAAAAAUUCUGGAGCAGAAGAUCACUGAUUUAGAAGAUCAGUUAGAUGAGGAGCAGUCCGAGGCCGAGCUGUCUCAGGAUAAGGUCCGCAAAGCUCAGCAACAGUUAGAACAGCUGACUGCGGAAUUGGCUCAGGAAAGAAGUCUUUGCGAGAGGAACGAAUCGGAACGGAAUGUCUUGGAGCGUGCCAACCGAGAUCUGAAGCAACAACUGCAUGACGCCGAAAGUGAGUUAUACUUCAUGAUAACUAGGCAUAUAACUUUUUCAGACAACGUUACGGCUCGUCUUCGCACUCAAAUUACUGUCGCCGAGACGAAAGUGAUCAACUUGGAGCAGCAGCUCUCGUUGGAAGAACAGGACAAAAUGAGACACGCGAGGAACCUCAGACGAAUGGAGACGAAAAUGGCAGAAUCGCAGCAGUUGCUCGAGGAGGAAAAGAGACAAAACGAGAGUAACCGCCAGGCAAUCGAUCGUCAGAACACAAGAAUCCGUCAGCUCCGUGCUCAACUGGAAGAUGCCGAAGCUGAGCGAGAUCGUCUCAACAACAAACUGACUCAGGAGCGCAGAAGAGCGGACGACGCAGUGGACAUGAACGAGACGCUGGCGAGAGACGUCUCCCUUAUGAGACAACGGGAGACGACCUCCCGUCGCACUCCGGGACUUCUGCACCGCGAAUCUCGUCGGUUCGGAAGCAAUUCGAGUCUUGCCAGAGGUACUGAAAAUAAGGAAUCUUCUGAUCACCUAUUCACUCAUUCAGACGAGUUCCGAGGAUCGACGUUGACGAAUGAGAUGUCGCCUUCAGACCGUCCGGCUUCCAGACUGACUUCAGGAACCGGCUCACAACUUGGAAACACCGAUGAAGACCGCGACUCAGUUCGCAACUAA